AUGCUGCGGACGCUGCUCAUCCCACUCAGUGUGCUACUCACCGUGACAGCAGCGCAGUCAUGUUGGCGAGACACCGAAUGCUCCGGACCGAAUGAGACUGCGUUUCCAGGACCUUGGGAAAAGAAUAUAUAUGCGCCUUCAUCAAGGACUGUAGCGCCAACGACCUUGCUGAGCUAUCCGGGUCUGGAAAAGCUUUCUUCCUACCCGGCGACUGUGACGCUCGCGAGCAACGGCUCAGCGUACGUCUACGAUUUCGGGAAGGAAGUUGGUGGCAUUGUGACCGUCAAGUAUUCAACUUCGGGAGGUGCCGGAGCACUCGGACUGGCAUUCUCAGAAUCAAGCGAAUGGGUUGGUCUAGCCAGUGACUCAAGUAAUGGUGCUUUCUCGAGAGGUGUCGGAGAUCGGGCCUGCGAUGAUGGAGCUCUGUAUGAUGAUUUUGCGUCCGAUGGCGAACACUCCUACCAAAUGUCCCUGCCACAUCUGCGUGGCGGCUUCAGGUAUCUCACGCUCUUCCUGGCUACGAACGAAACGAAUGGAACAACUGCUCUCACGCUCGAGGACAUUUCUCUAGAGAUUGCCUUCCAACCGACAUGGUCGAACCUUCGAGCCUACCAGGGAUAUUUCCAUUGCAGUGAUGAGAUGCUCAACAAGAUCUGGUAUAGUGGCGCCUACACUCUGCAGACCAAUUACGUUCCAACCAAUACUGGACGCUGGAUUGUAGCCGGAAGAGGUCUGAAAUCUGGCUGGGCAAAUAAUGGCACUCUGUCGAAUGGCACGACGGUCAUCGUCGAUGGCGCCAAACGAGAUCGAGCCGUAUGGCCGGGAGACAUGGGCAUCGCAGUACCUUCAGCUUUCUACUCGAUUGGAGAUGAUCUCGAAAGCGUUCGCAAUGCGCUGCAGGUUAUGUAUGACAACCAGAACGAGCUUGGUGCUUUUCCAGAAUCCGGCCCACCGUUAUUGCAACUGAACAGUGAUACCUACCAUUGCUGGACGAUGAUUGGUACAUACCAUUAUGUACUCUACACCAACGACACAGCCUGGCUUGAGAGCAACUGGGCGAGCUACCAACGAGCCAUGGACUACAUCUACGGCAAGGUACUGCAACCUCUAGGCCUGCUCAACGUAACAGGCACACGAGACUGGGCCCGACAGUCCACCAGUGGUAACGGCAGCGAACCCAAUAUGAUCCUCUACAAAACCCUUUUAACCGGCGCCGACCUCGCUUCCUGGCUGAACAAACCCCAUCUAAGCAGCAAAUGGACCUCUCAAGCCUCAACCUUAAAGUCCAACAUCUUCUCCCACCUCUUCGACGGCAGCUACCUCAUGUUCCGCGACAACACCACCACAGACACCACCCUCUUCCCCCAAGACGCAAACAGCAUGGCCCUCCUAUGGAACCUCGUCUCCCCAAACACCACCUUCGCAACCUCAAUCUCCAACCGCCUCACAACCCGCUGGCAAAAACGUGGCGCCGAAGCCCCCGAACUCCCCCAUCACAUCUCCCCCUUCAUCUCCUCCUUCGAAAUCCAAGGACACUUCGAAAUCGGCGAAACGGCUCGUGCACUAGAACUCAUCCGUCGUUGCUGGGGCUGGUAUCUCAAUCACCCCAACGGAACGCAAUCCACCGUCAUAGAAGGCUUCUUAACAAAUGGGAGUUUCGCGUAUAGGAAUUAUCGCGGUUAUGCUUAUGAUGCGAGUUAUACCAGUCAUGCGCAUGGUUGGAGUUCUGGGCCGACGAGUGCGCUUACGAAUUAUGUUUUGGGGUUGAGCGUUACGGGGCCGGUGGGUGAGAGGUGGAUGUUGAAGCCUCAGUUUGGGGACUUGAGGAGUGUGGAGGGUGGGUUUGUGACCAAGUUGGGGAAGUUUUGGGCCGGGUGGAAUUUGACGGAGGAUGGCUAUAGUCUUGCUUGGAGUACGCCGGUGGGGACGAAGGGGGUGCUUGUUUUGCCGGAGGAAGAUGGAAGUUGGUUCGAGGGUUGA